ACCCAUCAUUUCACUGGUAUAUCAGCUCUUGUCCGCCUCUUUACUUUCACCUCAGAUCCUCGUCAAGAAUUGUGACACCUGACUAUUCCUACUGUAGCUCUUUUGAAACGUGCCAACACCUGACUUUCACAUCCCACACUACAACCCCGUGUUUUCUGCUUCAAGAUCUCUGUGCGAUAGGACAAUCAUGGCUGAGAAUGCUGGCGACGCUCCUGCUCCUGUGGAGCACCUGAACAUCAAGGUCACGGAUAACAACAACGAGGUCUUCUUCAAGAUCAAGCGAACCACGCAACUGAAGAAGCUGAUGGAUGCUUUCUGUGAACGCCAAGGAAAGCAGCCAUCGACCGUCCGUUUCCUUUUCGACGGAACCCGAGUGCGGCCAGAGGACACUCCUGAUACGGUAAGUUCUGAGACCCCCCUGCUGCGCCAUAUGUCUAUGAACCCGGAAACGCUGGCAAGAGGCUACUGAACCGGAUUCUACAAAUCCAUGGAGCUAAGUGGUGCUAAUUCAUUCUUUCAGCUCGAAAUGGCCGACGGCGAUACGCUCGAAGUUCACCAGGAGCAGAUCGGCGGGUGAUCGCGUACCACUUUCACAAAACUCUCACGUUACAACACGAAAGAGGAACGAAAUGUCUGUCACGAAGAGAUUCGGUCUUAUUUGGACGGGAUACUGUGUGGUGCUACUUUUUCAUGAGAAUUAAUGGGCGUGCGGCGUGUUCACUCGUGAUUUAGGCUCGCGCUUUGGGGGAGGGGUAUCUGGUUGAACGCAAGCGAGGAAAAGGGACGAGUCUUUUUUUUU